AAUUGAAAUUGAUCAGCCGUUCUCCGGUCACCCGUCAUCGAGAAUUCGAGAAAUUUCGUGAUGGAUUUUCUUUAUAUAAGCGACCUACCUGCAAUAUCCGAUACUUCGAACAUACUUUUUUGUCUCUCUUUUCAACCGCUAUAAAAAAUACAGCAUGUCUGACGAUAAUAAGCAAUUAGCUUUGAACGAAAAAGAACUCGGUAACCAAGCUUAUAAGAAGCGCGACUUCGAAACUGCCCUUAGCCAUUAUGAUAAGGCGUAUGAAUUGGAUAACACAAAUAUCACCUUUUUAACCAAUAAAGCAGCUGUUCUUUUCGAACAAGAAAAGUUCGAAGACUGUAUCAAGGUCUGUGAAGAUGCCAUUGAACGCGGUCGCGAAUUGAGAUGUGACUUUAAGUUAAUUGCAAGAGCUCUUCAGCGUAUUGGUAACGCUUAUGUUAAAUUGGAUAACUUGGAUGAUGCCAUCAAAUAUUAUGGUAAAUCUUUGACCGAACAUCGUACACCUGAAACUCUUCAAAAACUACGUGACACCGAAAAGUUAAAGAAAGAAAAGGAGAAAGCUGCUUAUUACAACCCUGAACUUGCUGAUAAAGCUCGUGAAGAGGGUAAUGCUCUCUUUAAGGAAGGCAAAUGGCCUGAAGCUGUCGAAAGAUAUACUGAAUCAAUCAAACGUAACGAUAAGGAUGUGCGACCUUAUUCCAACCGUGCUGCCUGUUACUUGAAGCUAAUGGCUGUUCAUGAAGCUGAAAAGGAUGCUGACAAGUGUAUUGAACUCGACCCUACCUUCGUCCGUGGUUAUAUUCGUAAGGCUGCUGUUCAACUCAUCAAGAGAGAAUAUCAAGAAUCCAUCGAUACACUCAAGCUUGCUCAAGAGCAUGACAAGGAAGGAAAAGCUAGUCGUGAGAUUCAACAACAAAUGAUGAAGGCUUAUACUGCUAUGAACCCUAUGGGUAACGCUAAUGAAUCAGCUGAGGAAACAUUAAAGAGAGCAGCACAAGAUCCUGAAGUUCAACGUAUUCUUGCUGAUCCUGUCAUGCAACAAAUUCUUCAACAAAUGCAAGCUGAUCCCGCAGCUGCCCAAGAACACCUAAAGAACCCUCAAGUAGCUAAUAACAUCCGUAAAUUGAUGAAUGCCGGUAUCAUUCGUAUGGCCUAAAGGUUUAGUGCUAUAUAAGAAACAAUAUAACAC